AUGAAAGUAACGAAAGACAAGUACUCGGUUAUCUUGCCAACUUACAAUGAACGCCGAAACCUUCCCAUCAUCACCUGGCUUCUCAACCGUACCUUUUCGGAACAAAAUCUAGAUUGGGAACUGAUAAUUGUAGACGAUGGGUCACCGGACGGAACACAGAUUGUUGCGAAGCAGCUUGUCGAGGUGUACGCGCCUCACAUCCACCUCAAACCGCGCGCGGGAAAACUUGGGCUAGGCACAGCCUACGUUCAUGGGCUCCAAUUUGUUAGUGGAAACUUUGUCAUAAUAAUGGAUGCCGAUUUUUCCCAUCAUCCGAAAUUCAUCGCGCCUAUGAUAGCCAAACAAAAGACCAAUACCAGUCCUGGAGGAUACGACAUCGUCACCGGUACGCGCUAUGCUAGAGGAGGAGGCGUCUCAGGCUGGGACUUGAAGCGCAAGCUGAUUUCACGCGGGGCAAAUCUGUUCGCCGAUACGGUCCUCAGACCCGGAGUAAGCGAUCUGACAGGAAGCUUUCGACUGUAUAAGUAUGCCGUCUUAAAAAAGAUCAUUGAAAGUACAGAAAGUAAAGGAUAUACCUUUCAAAUGGAAAUGAUGGUACGUGCUAAGGCCAUGGGAUAUACUGUCGCUGAGGUUCCAAUCACAUUCGUUGAUCGCCUUUAUGGAGAAAGCAAACUUGGCGGUGAUGAAAUCCUUGAGUAUGCCAAGGGCGUCUUAAGCUUGUGGAUCAAGGUGUAA